AUGCCAAAAACGGUACAAAGAAUCGCAGGAGGUCAAGUCGAAUUGGCCCAAGAAGAGGCCUGUGAGCAGGCAGAUAGCAGGCCCAGAGGAAAUUGGACAGGACCUGGCCAUGAAUGGUGGUUUGAGGAGUGGGCCAAGAGCAUGUCAAGUCUCCAACAAAGACCAAUACAUGCGUGGGAAGUUAGAGAGAUGGUGGAAAACCUAAAAGACGGUGAAUGCUUGAGAAUUGCGGCACCACCAAGGGAACAGGCCGACGAACAGGCCGACGAACAGGCCGACAAGCAGGCAGAUAGCAGGCCCACAGAGAAUUGGACAGGACAUGACCGUGAUUGGUGGUUUGAGGGUUGGCCAAAGAGCUGGUUAGAACCUGAACAAAGUUCUAACCAGCUAUUUGAGGAUUGGCCAGAGAGCUGGUUAGAACCUGAACAAAGUUCUAACCAGCUCGAGGGAAGGAAAGAAAUGGGGGUGGCCAAAAACCCAAAAGAUAGAAGGAAUCAGAACUGA